CCGAAGUCAAUGAGGCUUCAGGGACCGCGUCCCACCACUUUUCCUUCUGGGGCUCUGCAGCUGGGUAAAGGGAGCUCGAGUCUCCGCGUCCAGCAGAGGCCUCCUGUCCCACUCCUCCGCCUGGAGGCUCCGUGGGGACCGGCGCCACCAUGGGUUGGGUAGGCAGAGGAUCGGAGCGCGUUGCCCACUACUUACCUGGCAGCUGCGUCCCGGUGCCGGGGCAGUUGGCGGCCGCGGAGUAGGAGCGACCAGCUACCACCAGGCCACUGUUCAGCUACGCUUUAACUGGCGGCACCGGCUCAGCUCGCGCUCUCGGCGUCUGGAAGGGUCUCGUGGGCGGCUCCCGGCUGUGGGCCUCGGGACUGGACCCCGCGGACGGGCGGGGAGCACGGGGCGCAGACGUGGUGCGGUCGCAGCAUCGGCUCAGUGCGCGCACGUGUGCGCUGGGCAGCACGGCUCCGGCUGCUCGGCUCUGCCCACCAAGGGGCCCGAGCUGUUGGGACCCCGCCCAGCCGCACAAGCCCCACAGGUUAGGGCGCUGCGCCUUCAGCCACCCUAGGCGGCUGGGCGACCAGGAGGCCAGAGGGAGGGCGCCGGGGAGGCGGAGUCCGGGAGGACUGCCCCAGUCGCCGGGAUAAGAGCGCGGCUGGAGGCUGUCCCGAGUCCGGCGUGUUGGUGGGCGGUGGCCAGGUCAUGUUGCUUGUGCUGCUGAGCCUGGCCGCGCUAUGCAGGAGUGCCAUGCCUGGAGAGCCGACUAUUCAGUGUGGCUCUGAAAAUGGGCCAUCUCCAGAGUGGAUGAUCCAACACAAUCUGACCCCAGGAGACUUGAGGGACCUCCGAGUGGGACUUGCUAAAACUAGUGUUGCAACAGAGGACUAUUCAAUUUUGAUGAACAUAAGCUGGAUGCUCCGGGCAGAUGCCAGCAUCCGCUUGUUGAAGGCCACCAAGAUCUGCGUGACGGGCAAAAACAACUUCCAGUCAUAUGCCUGUGUGAGGUGCAACUACACAGAGGCCUUCCAGAGUCAGACCAGACCCUCUGGCGGCAAAUGGACCUUCUCCUAUGUUGGCUUUCCUGUGGAGCUGAGCACGCUCUAUCUCAUCGGGGCUCAUAACAUCCCCAAUGCAAAUAUGAAUGAAGACAGUCCUUCUUUGUCUGUGAACUUCACCUCACCAGGCUGCCUAGACCACAUAAUGAAAUACAAAAAAAAGUGUAUCAAGGCAGGAAGUCUGUGGGAUCCCAACAUCACUGCUUGUAAGAAGAAUGAGAAGAUGGUUGAAGUGAAUUUUACAACCAGUUCCCUUGGAAAAACAUAUAUGGUUCUUAUCCAACAGAACUCUGUAAUUGGGUAUUCUCAAGUGUUUGAGAACGAAACAAAGCGAACUUCGAUAGCCAUCCAGGUGACUGGGGAAAGUGAAGGUGCUGUGAUUCAGGUGACUCCGUAUUUCCCUACCUGUGGCACUGACUGUAUCCGACACAAAGGGACUGUGGUGCUUUGCCCAAAGAUAGUUGUCCCCAUCCCUCUGGAUAACAACAGAAGUGUGCUAGGAGGCUGGCUGCCUUUGCUUCUCUCAUUGCUGCUGGUGGCCACAGUGCUGGUGUUUGGGAUCUACCUAAUGUGGAGGCAUGAAAAGAUCGAGAACCCUUCCCUUCCUACUACAAUGCUACUGCCUCUCAUUAAGGUUCUGGUGGUCCACCCAUCUGAAAUAUGUUUCCAUCACACAGUUUGUUACUUCACUGAAUUUCUUCAAAAUAACUGCAGAAGUGAGGUCAUCCUUGAAAAGUGGCAGAAAAAGAAAAUAGCCGAGAUGGGUCCCGUGCAGUGGCUAACCACUCAGAAGAAAGCAGCAGAUAAAGUAAUCCUUCUUUCCAAUGAUGUCAACGCCAUGUGUGAUGAUUACCUGUGGCCACAUUGAGGUGGUCCCACUGAGAACUCUCAAGACCUGUUUCCUCUGGCCUUUACUUUCUGCAGUGAUCUGAGCAGCCAGACUCAUCUGCAAUACAUGGUGGUCUACUUCAGAGGGGCUGAUCACAGAGACAACUACAGUGCUCUUCAUGUCUGCCCCAAGUUCCACCUCAUGCAGGAUGCCACCGCUCUCCAAACACAACUUCUCCGUGUCACACAGCACGCGACAGUGGGGAAAGGGUUACAGGCCUGACCACAGGCAGCUACUCCUCCUUGUAGCCCAACAAGGGCAAGACAACAAGCCUUCCGACCCAACCAGUUUCUGGAGAGAGCUCUGUGAUGACUCUAAAAUUCACUACCCAGGCUGCUGGGAAGGCUUAUGUAUAUACACUUGCUUUAGAAUCAGAAUAGGGAAAAUCAUAACAGAACACAGGGCUUAGAUUAGUCAUUAAGAAAAUGUUGUGCUGGUAAAAUUUUUACAAAUGUCACUAAUGGAACAUUAAAGAAUUGAAACUACAUAUAUAAUUAAAGCCAAGCCAAUUGCAUACCAUCAAAUCAAGGAUAGUUAUAAUUGAAAAAUUAUUAUCUGAUAAUACUGUGCUAAAGCCAGCUUUCAGCCAAAAGUCCAGUCUUGAAUAACCCAUGCCUUUAACUAUAGUUAGAAGUGUUUAGUUCUGUAACAUCUAGGUUCAAUUAAUGAAUUCUAAAUUUAAGAUCUCACUAAUUCACUCAGUAGUUUUCUUGGAGAAAACCCCUCUGUUACACGCAGAAAUCCUUAUUUUUAAAUUAAUUUUUUGGUACUGGGGAUUGAACCAGGGGUUUUCAAUCACUGAGCCACAUCCCCAGCCCUUUUUAUUUUAAAUUCUGACACAGGGUCUUGCUAAGUUGCUCAGAGCCU